CGCCAUGUAUCUCUCAAGCAUUCCAACAAAAAUUAUGAAACCAUGUCUUUCACUACUCUCUUCUUCUUUAUGGAUCUUUUCUAUUUUGUUCACGAAGAUCUUAAAUGGAAUCCAAAGACCCUCCGGAUAUAAAAUCUUUCAAGAAAUUCCCAUUAACAUUGAGGUUUGUAGUUUUAGUUGUGGCCGUUCUUUGUGGAAUUUACAUUUUCACAAUAUCUGUAGACCAAAAAGUUUUACGCACAAGUAGUAACAAGUUGUUAGAAAACAUUGUCUUCAAGCAGCCAUGUCAUCGUCCUCCUGGUGUGGAAGAAUGGGAAGUGUCAUACUUGCACUAUCCACAACCCAAAACCUUUAGCAGAGAAGAGUGUGCCUGCAAUCCUGUUCGGUUUUUCUGCAUUGUCUCAAUGCAAAGAUCUGGGAGCGGUUGGUUUGAGACAUUUUUGAACAGUCAUAUUAAUGUAAGCUCUAAUGGAGAAAUAUUUUCAGUAGGAAAAAGAAGGACUAACGUUUCUUCCAUUUUGGAGACAAUGGAUCAAGUUUAUAAUCUCGACUGGUUUUCUAGUGCCUCCAAGAAUGAGUGCUCUGCAGCUGUUGGCUUUAAGUGGAUGCUUAAUCAGGGUUUGAUGGAGCACCAUGAGGAAAUUGGAGAAUACUUUGAACGAAGACGAGUUUCUAUAAUCUUCCUAUUCAGAAGGAACUUGCUCCGUAGAAUGAUAUCAGUGCUAGCGAAUGCCUAUGACAAAGGUGCCAAGGCACUGAAUGGAACACAUAAGUCUCACGUCCACUCUCCAUUGGAGGCUAAGAUUCUUGCCAACUAUAGACCACGGUUGAAUAUCACAUUGCUGAUACCAGAGCUAAAGAUAACAAAGGAGACAGCAACAAAAGCCGUCACAUACUUUAAGAACUCUCGCCACAUUGUUCUCUAUUAUGAUGAUCUUGUCCACAACCGUACUAAACUGAAGGACGUUCAAGAAUUUCUAAGGGUACCAUACAGAGAUCUGGAGAGUCGCCAGGUAAAGAUACACACUGCCCCAUUAUCAGAACAGGUUGAAAACUGGGAUGAGGUCCAGAAAGAGCUCAUAGGGACGCCAUUCCAAUGGUUCCUCGGAAAAAAUUAUCAAAUACAGUAGUAGAUCUUGUCACAUCAUUUGUUUAUUGGGUCUCUUUUUUAUCAACAAUCGGACAUUAUCGUGUCUGAUUAU